CGCACAAGAAGACUAAGGCUUGAGACAUUGAUACAUUGAUAAUAAAUUGUACGUGGUAACAGUUUCAUUUGGGGCGAUAAAGUUCCUCAACGGAUGAAUAUUGAAAGUACCGAUGGCAGGAGAACUUCUCUGCGACCUACUGAGAGAGAUUUCACGUUGAUGUCAGUCGUACUGCAUGUAAUAAAUAACUCUUAGUAUUAAGUAUUAUACAUGUUAGCUUGUAUGUAACAGAAUGACGGGUCCUGCGACAGGUUCAACAUUACCUGUUUCUCUCACAGUUCUUCAGUAUACUUUUGAGGUCCACUGACACUGGCGGUGAUGUUCCAGUGUAGCCCUCCUUAUUAAAAAUGGCAGCAGUAUCUGGAUUUAGGGCUCUCCUCAGCCUCCAUCGGUCAGUGACAUUGCAGCGAUUUUUGGGGCUCGUUCCGGUGCAGUUGACAUCAACCGGCCUUCCCAGGAGGCUUUGCAGUGCCCCUACAAAAAGUAAUGAGCCAAAGCCGCCGGUGAACCCAGAGAAUGAAUCUCUGCUGGAGAACCUGAAUCUCCUGGGAGUUGAUGUGAAGAUGGCACGCCAGCGUCAGCCUGGGGUGCUGCGUAAAGCCUUCACUAAUGAGCAAGGUCUCGCUCAGUUUCUGCAAGGCAAAGGUGCCAGCCGCAAAGUAAUCGCCGGCAUCAUAUCCCGUUAUCCCCGCGCUAUCACUCGCUCGAUUGAACACUUGGAACAGCGCUGGGAGCUGUGGAGAAACAUCUUCAAGACUGAUUCAGAAAUUGUGAGCAUCCUGGAUCGCUCCCCUGAGUCUUUCUUCCGGUCCAGUGAUAAUGGUAACUUGGAGAAGAACAUAGCUUUUCUCACCUCGCUGGGACUGAACACCAAAGACCUCCAUCGGCUGCUGACCACAGCGCCGCGGACAUUCUCCAACAGUUUAGAGCUCAACAGGCAGAUGGUGGAGUUCCUGGAAGACAUCUGUGCCACACUCGGCGGGAAGAAUCCAGAGCAGUUUCCUAAAGCCGUCAUAUCCAGAAACCUUUACAUUCUCAUCCGAAGCACUAAGAGAGUCAAGACAAACAUUGAUAUCCUGAGAGCUUCUCUAAAGUUGAGCGAUUCAGAACUGCUUGCUCUUCUUCAAGGUCCUGGGGCAGAAAUUCUGGAUCUUUCCAAUGAAUAUCUGAAAAAGAAUUUUAACAGUCUCCAGCAGAAGAUGGUUUCACUUGGCUGUCGUAAUGCCGACAUAAAAAAUCUGAUCAUCAGUUAUCCAAUGGUUCUGUACAUUGGGCCGGACACUCUGAGCUCUAAACUGGACUGUCUCCUAAAAGGGGGAAUAACAGUGAAGCAGAUAAUGGAAAAGCCCAAGGUUUUAGACUACAGCACACAGAACAUUAGAGGGCGACUAGAGGAGCUGCAGAGAGUGGGAUAUGACUUCCAGAAGAAUGGCAUCAACAUCCUAGACUCCAGCCGAAAACGGUUUGAUGCAAAGAUAGAAAAACUUGCUGCCCCACCAGAUGACUGAAUGUAGCUGUCUGUAUUAUGAUGUUACAUAAUGUUGGAAGCUGCUUUUACUUGAACUUGGCUUCAGGAUAAUCAUGUUUUAUUUGUUUCAAGUAGGGAUGCACCAAUAUAUUGGCCGAACAUCGGUAUCAGCCGAUAUUCGCCUUGUUGACUGCUAUCGGCCUAUCGGCAAAUAGGAUGCUCAUUCAAAGAUAGUGUAAUGAAGGGCUGUUAUUAGGGUUAUUUUUCUAUAAUGUAGAUUUCUUUGUUUCCCUGGCACAAAAGGGGGAAUAAAUAACAAAAAAAUAAACAAGAACAUAAAAACAUUGGUAUCAGCCAAAUUGUUAUUUUAAACAUUGGUAUCGGCCCAGAAUUUCGCAAUUGGCGCAUCCCUAGUUUCAAGAUUUUAUUUGUUCAUGUAGUAACUAGAAUAUGAUUUCUGACUUCUCUGAUGACUCUAAAAUGUCAGAAAAUAGAGAAAAACAAUUUCCUUUACUGUAAGGUACUUCUUUAAAUUGCUUGUUUUGUCCAACCAUUGAUCCAAAACCCCAAAGAUAUUCAAUUUACUAUCACGUAAGGCAACAAAGCAGCAAAUCCUUACAAUUGAGAAGCUAGGACAUAUUUGGCAUUUUUGCUUGAACAAUGACUUAAACAAUUAAUCAAUUAUCAAGACAGCUGCUGCUUAAUUUUUUGUCGAUUGACUAAUCGAUUAAUUGACUAAUCGUUUCAGCUCUAUUAUCUAGUAAUUUAUUGACAAGAAUGUUAUUUUUGUAACAAUGCCAGCUGCUAAAAUUUCCCUUCCCCUUGAUAUGCACAUGCAUUGCUCUGAGAGAUUAUUAUUUUUCCUGGUCAAAGAUACAGUAAACCAUUACAUGUUGAGAGCUGCUCUUGGAAUUCAUGUGAAGAUGCAAUCUUGAAAUAAAAGUGAGAUCAAAAAAAAGAAAAGAAAAGGCAUAACAUCCAA